AUCGGAGGAUCGAACGGUCAGGAAGAUAUAAUUUAUUGGCACCGUUAGAUCGGUUUAGGGUAACGUCGGCCGCACGAUGGCUAGGGUCGAGGGUUCCACCGCCAUUGGCCACUGCUUAUGAUAGAAGAGGGGGUGUGCGCUUUUAGUUGUGGUGUUGUGUGUUGGGUUGUUUGUGCCGUGCCGGGAGCGUUAGAGAUUUUCGCAUUGCAGUUUGAUUUGUUGAAGUAGCCAUGGGGAAAGAGAAGACCCAUAUCAACAUUGUUGUCAUUGGACAUGUCGACUCUGGGAAAUCGACAACCACCGGUCACCUUAUCUACAAGCUUGGAGGUAUUGACAAGCGUGUGAUUGAGCGUUUUGAGAAGGAAGCUGCUGAGAUGAACAAAAGGUCAUUCAAGUAUGCCUGGGUUCUUGACAAGCUUAAGGCGGAGAGGGAACGUGGUAUUACCAUCGAUAUUGCUCUCUGGAAGUUCGAGACUACAAGAUACUACUGCACUGUCAUCGAUGCACCAGGGCACAGAGAUUUCAUUAAGAACAUGAUUACUGGUACCUCACAGGCCGAUUGCGCUGUUCUGAUCAUUGACUCCACCACUGGAGGUUUUGAAGCUGGUAUCUCCAAGGAUGGGCAAACCAGAGAGCAUGCUCUUCUGGCCUUCACACUUGGUGUGAAACAGAUGAUUUGCUGUUGUAACAAGAUGGAUGCCACCACACCCAAGUACUCGAAGGCCCGAUAUGAUGAAAUUAUCAAGGAAGUUUCUUCAUACCUGAAGAAGGUUGGUUACAACCCUGACAAAAUCCCCUUCGUACCCAUUUCUGGUUUUGAGGGUGACAACAUGAUUGAGCGUUCUUCCAACCUCGACUGGUACAAAGGACCCACCUUGUUGGAAGCACUGGACCAGGUGAACGAACCCAAGAGGCCCUCAGACAAGCCCCUGCGAUUGCCCCUUCAGGAUGUGUACAAGAUUGGUGGUAUUGGAACUGUGCCAGUGGGAAGGGUUGAAACUGGUGUUAUUAAGCCUGGUACAGUGGUCACCUUUGGACCGACUGGACUGACAACUGAAGUUAAGUCUGUGGAAAUGCACCAUGAAGCCCUGCAGGAGGCACUGCCUGGUGACAAUGUGGGGUUCAAUGUCAAGAAUGUAGCUGUCAAGGAUCUUAAGCGUGGGUUUGUGGCAUCUGACUCUAAGAAUGAUCCUGCCAAGGAAGCUGCAAACUUCACCUCACAGGUUAUCAUCAUGAACCAUCCUGGCCAGAUUGGCAACGGGUAUGCCCCUGUGCUGGACUGCCACACUUCCCACAUUGCAGUCAAGUUCGCUGAAAUUUUGACCAAGGUGGACAGGCGAUCUGGAAAGGAGCUGGAGAAGGAGCCCAAGUUCCUGAAGAAUGGAGAUGCAGGAUUUGUGAAGAUGAUUCCCACCAAGCCCAUGGUUGUGGAAACCUUUGCUGAAUAUCCUCCUCUGGGACGUUUUGCUGUGAGAGAUAUGAGACAGACUGUUGCUGUCGGUGUUAUUAAGGGUGUUGAGAAGAAGGACCCCACUGGUGCCAAGGUCACCAAGGCUGCUGCCAAGAAGAAAUGAAGACUGGUGGACUGUGCAAUGGAAGAGGCAAGGCAUGGUCAUCAUUUGCGGUUGUGCUUGUCUCGGCUAUCUGCACAGGAUCUGUUAGUGAGGUGUUCUGUAGCUAGGCGCAUGCAAACUUGGGUUCUUGACAGACGGUGGCAUCAUAGUGCAAGUAAUUUUAUUUGUUGUUAGGCUAGUAGUAGUAUUUUUGAGGGAUGAGAGAUUAUAUAGGGUAUUUUUCACUUUUGUGAGAUUGCUGCAAAUUAGAGUCGUGCAGUAUAUUUAAUGUUUGUGCUCUUGUUUGAAGACUUAUGUGUUGAGUAAUUUAUACUUUAUUCUGUUAAAAAUUGUUUGCCAUUACAUUGGGUUCAAUGAUAUUGUAUGUUUUGUUUUA